AUGCCCAAGCAAACGCCAUGGGAGAUCUCCCCAUCUGAUUUCUGGGACGCCUACGCGUGCUAUGAAAAGCACGUUCCUGGCGGGCUAAAAGAGCUCGAAAGUUUCCGCACAGAGGAGCUGCCUCAGAAACUUGCCCAGAGUAUCAAGGCAAAUAAAGACAUUCAUCUGUCACAGGAAGAGAUCGUAAAGCUCAUGGAAUGGAAGCUCAAGCAUGGCCAAUUCCGUCCGCAGUUGCUCAGUCUCAUCCGCAAGAAUGACGACCAAGAGGUUAAAGAAACAACAGGAAGCGCCUUUCGCAUUUACUUGGCCGACCGCGAAGAUUGGCGAGCCGCACUGAAAGAGCUCUGCAAACUCAAGGGCGUUGGCGUUGCAACUGGAGCUUUGAUCCUCUCGACUCUUGAUCCUCAGCACGCACCAUUCUUCUCUGACGAGCUGUUCCGAUGGCUGCACUGGGACGAGCAAACGAAACCUGGUCAGCCAAAGGGAUGGGAGAGAAAGAUAUCGUAUGUGGAAAAAGAGUAUGUGUCUUUGGUGGAAAAGUUGAAGAGAUUCGAGAAUGAGAGAUGGUCUUCCAUCGAGUCGACAAAAGAAGACGUUGGAGAGUUCAACGCACUUGCUGUUGAGAAAGUGGCGUAUGUGUUUGGAAAAGAGAGUGUUUACGUAGGGGAUGAUUCUGAACUCCCUGUUACGGAAGAAGUGGAAGGAUGGAGUACAGAAGGUGCUGAAAACCCUACCCAAGGCAAAACGAGGGCCGGAAGCAAGCGGAAGAGCGCCACUACUGACGUCGGAAAAGACGACCAGGUACAGCCGAAAAGAGCCAGAGGGAAAGCAAAAAUUGACGCCGAACUUGAUAUACCCAACCUAACACCAUCACAGAUAACGCCAUUGGAGAUUGGCAAAUUGGUUGCGCGAUAUCAGGAGAGGCAGAUGUCACCGGAGUUGAGGGUGCUCGAGAACUAUUGUCUGGGUGAACUCAUAAAAGACCUGCAAAUUAGAAAGGGAAAAGGUGGUAGCAAAGGCGGGUUCAUGACAUCAGAGGAGCUGACGAAGCUUACAAACUGGAAGAUAAACAUCAACCCCGACGAGUAUGCGUAUGUAUACCCCUAA